CAAGAGAAGAGAUGUCCGACUUAGAUAUGUUGAGCAUCCUGCUAUGAUGUCCAUUACCAAGCCGGAACACUCCGAGGCCAACCCUCAGUGCCAGACUGGCAGCCGGCCGGUGGCUGAGCCCGAGACCACUGCUGUUCACAAUAACAGUGGAGGCUGGCUCAGCUGGGUCUUUGGGAGUGGAAGAGUUAAUAAGAAGGAGGUUCAUCUACCUGAGGACAAAGACAGAUCUAUUGUCUGGGAUCCAACUCUGCACAGAUGGGUUAACAAAACUGAGCCCAAUGCUGAGAACAAGUGUGUACAACCACCUCCACGAAUGGGGACAUAUGGAUAUCAGGAGAACACUGGCAGUGUCCCCAAAGGACAGGUCUAUGGGGCAGCAGAUACCCUACAAUGCAUUACAAUGAUGAGACCAACUCAAAGCCUUGGGCCUGGACUGCUUCCUAGACAGCUCUCUGGCUUGCUCCCUCCUUCACACUUUGACCUCAUGGCACCAAUGGUUGUACCACCUGACACUCUACCCUACUGAGGCCAUUUGCCCAGAUUGGAUUUGCAAUACAUAGAUUUUUUCAGCAUUAAAAAACUUCAGCAUUAAAAAUGUAUUAAAAGAU